UCGCUAUUAAUGUAAAAUAAUGUAGUUGCGGGCGAAGUUGGCAGUCUUGUGGAUUUUCUAAAUUGUGGAAUUUUCUUUACUCAACCUUUGAAGAUGGUCGACCCUAAUCGUAAAAUUAACCGCCUAACGGAGAAAGAUAUCGAGUUCUUAGAUGAAUGCCAGGAGGAAUUCUCGAAUCGCUUUACUGACGAGGACGCUGAUUUUUAUAAUCACUGCUCGAAACCGCUCGCUGACCCACCGAUAGUUGAAAAUUGGGGCUAUUCUGGGUCCAGCAACAGCUACCGCGGUUCUUCUGGGCAACGAAACAGUUAUGGAGGUGGCAGCAAAUAUAAUCGCGGAGGUUGGAAUAAACGCGGCCGAGAUCAUGCUCAUGGCAGAGGAUUUCGCGUCGGCGGAGGUCAAUUGUACAGACAUAACCGACUUUACAACGAUAACCCCACCGACAGAAACUUCCGUGGUGGCAAUGGUCGUGAGGAGCGCCCGCAUCAACCAAUGAAUGUACGAAGAGACUAUGGAAAUUUUGUCCCUGCCUCUAAAGAUUAAUCGAAAACUAAGAUUUCAGCGUAUAAUUACGGCUAUAUUUAACCAAAAUAGCUUAAAUGUAGAAUACCUGCAAUUCCCAAAUUAAAAAAAUUUAUGUUAGGAUCGAUAGGACUCUUAAUCCUGAUCGUAACGGUAUAAUUUUUUGUGCGGAAAAUAAUAAUUACUGGUGUUAUUGAAAUUCAAAGUACGUAGAAGCUGGGAACAACAGCAUUAAGUGCAGAAUACGUACAUUUAUCUGAUUAAAAUUUAGUCCUGAUCAGAAAAGUAUAAUUUUUUAUUGGGGAAAUAAUAAUUGCUGGUGUUAUUGAAGUUCAAAGUAGUGAAAUGUAGGUAUUCUGCACUUGUUCCAACCAAAAUUAUUACACGGUUUUAUCAAUAUAUGGAAAAAUAAAAAAAAUAUUGUUCGUAAAUUUA